AACCAGAUGUGAAUGAUAAGAAAAGAAAACUAGAUGAAGAAGCCAAAGAUGAUCCAAAUGGAGCGAAGAAGAAAAAGGCUAGAACUACAUUCACUGGACGGCAGAUAUUUGAGCUGGAGAAGCAGUUUGAGCAGAAGAAAUAUUUGUCAUCAGCGGAACGAGCAGAAAUGGCCAGCCAACUAGCAGUCACAGAGACCCAGGUAAAAAUUUGGUUCCAGAACCGCAGAACCAAAUGGAAGAAACAAGAGAACAUCUCCAGCGCAGAGGUAGCAGAACACAAACUAAACGUUGAGAAGAACAUCAUCAAAGCAAAGAACAGGAAAAAUUCAGAGUCCAGAUCCGAACUACCGCUGGAGCACCAGGUGGAUUUUGAGUCAAGAGGCGCCUUCGGUCACUUUAACAGCAUAGUGACCCGCGAUGUCAUUAACCUGGGCGAGGGGAUGGAAGUGAAGAGUGAUAUACAUUCACAGCUUAGACUACUACCUUAUGCAUCUAAGGCGGUGGCGAGUAGAAGCGUGGACUUGAAUUCAACGGACCGUCGUAAAGGUGAUAACUUCAAGGUCGGCUGUUUCAUCAAAGCAGAAGCUUCAGAAUUCGUUAUUGCUGCGGAUUUCGCGAAUGGUGAUGUGGGUGGUAUUACCCAUCAUAAGAACGUGGAGGUAUCUAAGCAGGCAGAGUCAUCAAAGCAGAUGGCUGAAUCAUCACGAACAUUUGUGAGCUCCAAAGUAAAAGAUAUCCAUCCGUCAUCUAUGGAAGGCAUCUUCGGUGUGGCUUUGAACUGCGAAGACAACUGCUCAGGAUCGCCACAGUCCAGCUCAUCAGAUGUAGAACCAGAAGUCUCGUAUUCUCAACAGAGCGUUAGAUUAGAACACAGAGUACCUACUCUAAUCGACUCAGCCACUAGUCCUUCUCCACCUCCAUCUCUAGACUUUACUGACUCUUUAGAAAGCUGUAAAUCAAGAAAUGAAGCCCGACAUCAAACUUUAGCGACCAUUCCAGUUGAUUUCAUCCUUUCUGCCAAACAAGCAGAAAGUCAGCUUUCAGCUGAAUCAAUAGUCACAGUGAGUGAAUCAGCUAUAGAGAAAGAUGACUCCUAUGAAACCAUUGAUAUGAGCAGCUAA